AUGUCCGACGUAGAAGACUAUUUUUCGCCGGACGAGCGCGAUGAGGCGCGGAGCGUGGUGUCAGAGCCAACGCACCGCGGGCGUAUGCGCAUGUCGCAACUCCCCGAAAAUCGCCCAUUUCGGACUUCGCGGUCCGUGACGUCCUUGCGGAACCCGUACGUGGACGAGUCGAAGGACGACCAGGAGUCGGAGCCGGAGCCAGAGCCAGAGCCAACGCCAGAGCCGGAGCCGGAGCGCAAAUCAAAACUGUCUGCCACCGCAGCGCCGCACACACCCGCAUAUGUGCUCCAAGCCGAGCAAGCGAAGCAGGGCGCCACAACGUCGAAGCGAACGGGCCCAACGCUUGUCCCCCAAGCUCCCAAAAUCCCCAAGACGAACGCAGAAAAGAACCAGUCGCGCCGCUUGAUUGUUGUGCUUGAGCAGGCGUGUCUCGAGGCAUACAAGAUUUCGAGCGGGAGUGCGACGCAUGCGCGCGGCAACAAGGACGCUGGCGAAAAGUACGCACUGCUCAACUGCGACGACCACCAAAAAGUGCUCGCGAAGAUGGGCCGCGACAUUAGCGAGGCACGCCCUGAUAUUACACACCAGUGUCUGCUCACGCUGCUUGACUCGCCACUGAACAAGGCGGGGCUCUUGCAGGUCUACAUUCACACGGCCAAAGGCGUGCUGGUCGAGGUGAAUCCCCAGGUGCGUAUCCCACGCACGUUUAAGCGAUUCAGCGGCUUGAUGGUCCAGCUCCUUCACCGUCUUAGCAUCCGCAGUAUGCGCGGAUCCGAAAAGCUUUUGCGCGUCGUCAAGAACCCCGUGACAGACUACUUUCCCCCAAACACGCGCAAGAUUACCCUUUCGUACAAUGCCCCGGUCCAGCGGCUUUCUUCCUACCUCUCCUCCAUCUCCCCCAACGAAAACUUGGCCGUGUUUGUAGGUGCAAUGGCCCACGGCGAGGACAAUUUUGCGGAUGCGUUUGUCGACGAAAAGAUUUCCAUUAGCGAGUACAGCCUCAGCGCGAGCGUCGCGUGCGGCAAGUUUUGCUGCAGCCUCGAGGACCUGUGGGGAAUUGUAUAA